GUUCAAGCGUGGGCCACCAAGGUGGGCCUCAGAACGUCUCUCUGGGACUCGGAUGCAUGACCUUUGGCACCAUGAUUCAUGAGAUAGGUCACGUGAUUGGGUUCUGGCACGAGCAGAGUCGAACCGAUCGGGAUGAUCACGUGACAGUGGUCAAAGACAACAUCGUCAAGUCGGAGCUUCACAACUUCUACAAGUACGAUGAGAAGACAAUCAACUCUUUGGGCCAACACUAUGACUAUGACUCUGUAAUGCACUACGGUCCGCGCUCGUUCAGCGUUAGUGAAGAAGAUACCCUCAUAGCCAAACAAGAUCGUGAUAUCGGUCAGCGACGUGGUCUAAGCGUUGGUGAUAUUCUGCAGGCUAGACUACUCUACAGAUGUCACAGCAAGCAAGAAUGUGGAGGGACAUUAUACGACGGAAAGGGGUUCGUAUCAUCACCGAGCUACCCUCAGGCUGUAGCACCUAACGUCACAUGUGAUUGGUCAAUUGCUGCUCCACAAGGCUCCGCCCUCAAAUUAGAAUUUCUCGAUAUGGACCUGCCCUCCUCCGAUGAAGACGGAAAAUGCGACGAUUCUUACGUCGAGGUGCGAGAAGGCCAAGGCGAGCUUUCACCGCUGAUUGGACAGUUCUGCGGUGACGUCAAACCUGGUGCUAUUCUCACCGAUGGGGGCAUUCUGUGGGUUAGGUUUAAAUCCGGACGAAAGAGACAUCGCAUGGCGUCAGGCUUCGCUGCUCGAUACCAAUCGGUGUCUUUCAAGAGGUACUUGACUUCAGCGCGCGGCAUCAUAAAAAGCAUGAACUACCCGCUCUCAUUCCCGCCCGAUACGGACAGCAUGUGGCAUAUUCAAGUCAAAUUCGGCUUUAUCGUGCAGCUCCGUCUCAACGAACUCCUGAUACCUCACAUCAAAAGUACGGGUUGCCAUGGUGAUUUUUUGAAGCUAAUCGACGGGCCAGACAGCGGAUCGAAACUCAUCACCAAGCUCUGUCGGUCUCAGAAACGAGUGGGCGUGGUUUCGUCAGGCCCCUCCCUGAGGAUCGAGCUGCAUUCGGUGAAGAAAGAGAAGUCUGUGUAUGGGGCCAUGACCAGGUUUCUGGCCAAGUACCUUACGAGAGAUUUGAACGAAUGCCGUAAGAAGAACGGCGGAUGUCAGCAAGCAUGUCUGAAUAUGGUUGGUCACUACGUGUGUGGAUGCCGACACGGGUUUUACAUCGCCGAUGAUUUCCGUAACUGCACAGAUAUUGAUGAGUGUGCUAAUGAAAACGGAGGAUGUUCUCAUCAGUGUGUGAACACCAUAGGAAGCUUUCGGUGUGAAUGUCCGAUCGGUUUCCAGAUAUCAUCUUAUAAUAACACGCAUUGUGAAGAUGUGAAUGAAUGUGACUCACCCCAUCUCGAUGUUUGCGAGCACUACUGCCAUAACACGUAUGGAGCGUUUGCGUGUUCGUGUGAUCCGGCAUUCAUAAUGGGAAUUGAUAGGAUGAGCUGCGAAUUGGUUCCCGGUUGCGGAGGUUUUAUGAACGCCGUUGAGGGCGUUAUAACUCGACCUCACAUACCAACCAACAACACUCAUUCCAUUGAUUGUAUCUGGUUUAUUGACGUUCCGGAUCAUCUCAGGAUAUCGCUCAGUCUAGAAUUAUUCGAGUGGUCGAGCAACAAUUCGUGUGCAGACUACAUUUCCGUACGUGGUGAAGAGACCUAUUCUGGACAAUAUCCACGAGUAUGCGGCGAAAACGGCUGGGAACACACCUACAAUACUACCUCGAGCAGAGUCUGGGUUCACUAUCACUCAGAUUGGCCUCAUGAGGGCGCAUUUCUCAUGGAUUAUUCCACGACAGGAGAUUCUGAUGAUUACGUGCUAACAUGCGGCGGACCUCUAAAUGAAUCAGGAGUCAUUGCGACCCCCGGCUUCCCGACCGGCUAUCCAAGCAAAUUACAAUGUACUUGGACCAUAUCGAAUGUUAGUGUCAUUGCUUUUCACUUUGAAAAAUUCGAUAUAGAACCCGAAUCGAGUUGCCAAUUUGACUAUCUCGAGAUCCUUGACGGUCCGGAAGGUGGUGCCAACUCAACGCAUAUAGGAAGGUUCUGCGGCUCGGAUCCACCGCCGAACGAGCUGAAGUUGAACACGGGUGAGGUCUGGCUACUAUUCAGGUCUGAUGCCACCGUGCAAGGCAAGGGCUUCCGUGCUGUUUAUGAAGUUCAAUGAAAUGAACUUGACCCAUAUUCUUGUCUCUAGUCACAAGUAAUACUAUUUUAAUUAAGCGACUUACCUUGAAAGGAAUACCAGAUGAAAAUACAUUCAUGUUAAGAACAGGCACCGUUGCCAAAAAGCAUUUAAUAUGUAGUAUAACUAGAGAAGCAUUCGUUUUCAUAAAAUUGAUAAAAACCUCUUUCUCUGAAAAAAUAUAACCCUGAAAACAUUACCUACAAAAACUCCCUUGAUUUUCAUUCUUAUAAUUUCACACCCUGCCUUUCAAUCCUGUGUUUUAACUGUUGCUAUGAUGAUGUAACUGUUUUUUUUAAAUAAAUAUUUCAGUACUUUUAGUAUUGUUAAAUUUCUAGGGAAAAUUAAUUUUUGUGGACGUUUACAAACUGAAACCAUAAAUACAUGUAUAACGUUGAUGUCUUUUUACUCUUUGAAUGAUAAGUUGUCGCCAAUUCUUGACAACUGAUGUCCUUUCCAGAAUUAGUAUAAUGUUGAAACUAUUAACAAGAUGACUUUAUUUAUGCAUCUGAAUUCGUGCAUUUGAUAAGAAGUUUCCAUUUUCUUUGAUAUCUAAAUUAAUGUAUUUUCAAAUUGAUGUCUCGCAGGAAAAGAGUCUUGGUUGUUUUGUUUUCUUCGGAUUUGUGUUAAGAAUUAAUAAUUCAAACUCAUACUUUAUUUAUACUGAUGCAGGUACAGCUAUAAUCAUGAAGAAAUAAAUCUUACCUGUGAAUCAUGA